AUGCUGCUCCAAUGGUGUAGCAAGUUUUACUCAAUCGAUUAUGGUAACGAUAAUUUAGCUUAUGGCGCACUUCGGAGCGAGGUAGAAGCGCGCGGGCGCGGCACGGAGCCAGCAAUACUUCACGAAUUGCACUCAACGCUGGCCUCCGCGACCGCGCCCGAUCACACGUGGGAGCACACACUCAGUCUCAUACUCAAGGGCCUCAUAUUCACGAUCAUCAUCCUGGGCGCGUUGUUCGGCAACGCUCUCGUCAUCAUCUCAGUCCACCGGCACAGAAAACUUCGAGUGCUCACCAAUUACUACGUCGUCAGUCUUGCCGUCGCGGAUAUGCUCGUGGCUCUCUGCGCGAUGACAUUCAACGCCAGUGCAGAAUUGACCGACGCCUGGCUCUUCGGGCCUCUAGUCUGUGAUAUAUUCAACUCUCUUGACGUCUAUUUCUCCAGCGCUUCCAUUCUCCAUCUGUGCUGCAUAUCCGUUGAUCGGUACUACGCUAUAGUCCGCCCCUUGGAAUACCCCGUCACAAUGACGCACCGAACAGUCUGUUUUAUGCUUGCAAACGUCUGGCUUUGGCCAGCGUUCAUCAGCUUUGUCCCAAUCUUCAUGGGAUGGUACACAACUGAACAACAUAGGCAGUACAGAAGAGCAAACCCUGAUGUAUGCAUAUUCAAAGUGAACAUGGUAUACGCGAUCGUAUCAUCGAGCGUUUCAUUCUGGAUACCAAGUUUAGUCAUGAUAUCGAUGUACUGCCGGAUAUUUCGAGAAGCGAUUAGACAAAGAGAAGCUUUAACACGAACGUCAUCGAAUAUUUUGUUAAAUUCUGUCCAUAUCAAGCACACGUCCCACUCGGCUCACCAUUCGCACUACCUCCAUCCUGACAGAAGACCUUCGGAUAUCAGCCCCAACUACAGCACAUUCACUGAAUGUCCGGAAGAAACUGAAUUUGGAGGAGAAGUUGUGAUGUCUUUAGGUGAUAUCUGUCCAAGUAAAGAAGCAAGUCCGAGGAAGUCUGUGAACGUGAGUUGUGACACUGCCAGUUCUGGGUACUGUUCCGGUGGAUCGAACAAGAGAUCUUCCUGUGGCCAGCCACCACCAGGCUGGCGGCCGAGUUGCUCUUCUGUCAUGGCAAAUAAGGAACUAGCCAAAGCGGCUACAGAGCUCAAUUCACAAGGUGCGACGCUGCGAGCCGCGGGGAAGUCUUGGCGCGCGGAGCAUAAGGCUGCGCGGACACUGGGCAUCAUCGUCGGCGCGUUUCUGCUUUGCUGGCUGCCAUUUUUUCUUUGGUACGUCACAACAAACGUGUGCGGCGAGCCGUGCGAAACCCCAUCCGUGGUCGUCGGCGUUCUAUUCUGGAUCGGUUACUUCAACUCCGCGUUAAACCCGCUCAUUUACGCGUAUUUCAAUCGCGACUUCCGAGACGCGUUCAAAAACACGCUCAUGUGCGCUCUGCCUUGCUGCUUCAGUUGCUGGAAGGACACAGGGACGGCCCAAUUCGUGUAGUGAAAACGACGCGACUAAAAAUCGCAAGUCGCAAAAGGACAGUGUGUUGUAGUCUUAAAGUAAUUUAGAGA